AUGGACAAACAACAAUCAGAGCAAGAGAGUCUUCAGAAUACUCUCCUUCUUCUUCAAAACAGGCUUCAUCAGACCCAGGCAGAGCUAAGGCAGACAAAGCGAACUAUCGAGUCCAAGAAUGCUUUUCUUGACAAAGCCCAUCAUACAAUUAAAACCGAGUUUAUCGACACUUUUGAAAUCAACACCCCAAAAAGAAGUACAUUCCGACUCCAUCCCCCACCAGGACUCGUUCCUCUCUUAUCUCUCAAACGGACCUACGAUGAAUACAUUAAAGAUGAAAGUGAAGAAGAACUAAUAGUUGAAUCAUGUGAUGCAUGGAUCAAAGGACAUGAUCAAACCCAGGUUUGGACCCAAUACUAUACCAUCUCUGUGUUUAAUAGAAAUGUAUUGGCUCAGGCUUAUCUUCAUAUGGACACCUUACCUAGUACAUGGAUGUCAGACACAGCUAUGAUGAAUACCCAAUGUACUCUGCCCUUAAAUCAACCCACCGUUCUUUAUGGGGCAUUUACGAUUGUCGCUGAUGUUGCUGUAUCCGAUCUCAAGUCUGCUCUGCAAAUAGGGUGUAGAUAUGCUACCGAACAAAGAGACAUACGGGAAUGGAAGUCGAGUAAAUUUGUAUUUCCUCAAUGGCAAGAGCACAAUGAACAGCAUUGGCUGCCUACACAAGAUUCGCCAUCGGAGACUUAUACAAUGGCCCGGAUAUUCUUUCCGUCUCAUGUGUCUCUUCAAAGUAUACAUAGUAUAGAGGAUACUCUUGGGCUGAAACGCCAUACAUCCUCUGUAUUUAUCUCUGAUGAUCAUUCAUUGCUUCUUCUUAAAUCCAAAAAAGUCUAUCACUUAUUUGGCUUGACAGAUCGCUUGGUAUCCAACGCCUGUCACCAAUGUAAAUCAUUUAUCCGAGUUCAUACUCCAACUUUCCUGUCACCAUCUAUGGCAAUGGAAGAGAUGUUGAUAGGGCUACUAAAUGAAAUAGAAUAUACAAGUGAUAACUUUGAGGAAAAAGAUUGGUGGAGUAUGAUUGCUGCACGAGAGAGCACAUUAUUAUCCCUAGUUAGACUUUUACAAUAG